CGAUCAUCAUCGUCGUCGUCAUCAUCAUCAUCACCAUUAAUAGAAUUUCAACAUUCACAAGUCACAACCCGCAUUUCUGCAUUUCUCCGCUCUCGACCAUCAUCGUCGUCGUCGCCAUCAUAAUAGAAUUUCAACAUUGAAGCUCAAACAAUUGAAGCUCUCUCCGACCAAAAAAAAAUGUCCUCCUCCUUAAUCUACCAACUAUUCACCUCCACCUCCCUCUUCUCCUUAGGUCUCUACCACCUCAUCUCCACCACCCGCAACUUCCUCAAAUCCCCUCAAUCUUUCUCCGCCAAACCCUUCCAUCCUUUCUCCCUCUCUCGUUUCCGUCUUCUCCCUCUCUACAUCACCAUAACAACCCUCCUCAUCUCUUCUCUUCACCACUCUCUCUCCUCCACAACUCCCAACCCUCUUUCCCCUCUUCACCUCUUCACCUCCCUCACUUCCGCCUCUAUCUCCUUCCUCUUCUUCCUCAUUUCUCUCUCUCUCCUUCUCUCUGAAUCAACUUCUCUCUUCUCUCUCCUCCCUUAUGACAUCUUCUUCUUCCUCGCUUCCUCCGCCUUCUUCCUCUCUUCUUCCUCAUCAUCCACUCGCUCUCUCCUCUUAUCCUCCGAUCUCCAAUCUAAACUCAACUCCACCUCUUCAACUAUCUCUCUCCUCUCUUCAAUCCUCUCCCUAAUACUCGCUCUUUUUCCGAGGUUGUUUGUUGUUGAUGUUGGACUUGCUGCUUCACUUUGUCUUCAGGGGAUGUGGGAGUUUCAGACUGGAAUGUCGCUUUAUGUUGAUGCCUUUGUUCCUGAAGGGUGUCAUCGUCUUCUAGAUGUUGUUGCUGGUGUUGAUGGCUCUACUAAGUGUGAACUUCAGGAGUCUAAAGAUCGUGCUCUUGCUAUUCUUGACCUUGCUUUUGUUGUUUAUGUGUUGAUUGUUGUCGUUUUGGUUUUCUUGGUUUAUGCUCUUGUUUCUAAAGCAUUGGGUGUUUCGAGGAGGUUGGGCUCAUAUGAACCUCUGCCUCUUGCUGCUGAUACUAAUCAUGUGCAGUUGAAGACUAUCACUGGAACUCAGGCUUGAUCAAUUCAUGCCUUUUUAUUUUUUGUAAGGUUGGUAUCAUGUGCAAUAGUUCAAGUUAACAGCUUGUCAUUCAUGGAAGGGACUUGGUUAUUGUGGAUAUAAAGUACCCGAGAUGUGAGAGUAUUCCAGAACAGUUGUAUGUUCGCCGAGCAGCAGACGAAAUACCUCAACCAAAGUGGCCCAUGAGAAUACUUCUAUAAAAGGAAAGGAUGGUUCUAUGUAUUGAUUUGUGGAGGCAUUUUUUUGCCCGCCUCUCUUGUUCUAACUUAGAGCACAUGUAUGAAUUACGGCAGAGGUGUCUGGCCGGCUUGAAAAGGACAUUUUUGUUGAAACUUCAAUUUAUUAUAGUCAAGGGAAGCUUAAUCUGCA